AUGUUUAUUGUCGAACGAUCAGGAACUACAUGCCUAUCACCAGCUUCUGAUUGGUGUUCCGCUUGUUACAACGGGGGCAGUUGCCUCGAGACGCGUUUCGGCGGUUAUUACUGCACCUGCGAGCCAGGAUGGACGGGCCCCGAGUGCUCCAUCGACGUGGACGAGUGCUCCAGCGAUCCAUGUCGCAACGGCGGCAUCUGCAUCGAUCAGCAAAAUAGCUACUACUGUCAAUGUCUGGCAGGAUACACCGGUAAAAAUUGCCAGAUCAACGUGGACGAAUGCUUGUCGCAGCCUUGCCAGAACGGCGGCACCUGCAUCGAUCGAAUCAACGGCUACAUAUGCAACUGCACGAAAGACUUCAUGGAUGAGAAUUGCGAGCGUGAGUUCAAUGCGUGCGCGGUGAAUCCCUGCCAGAACAACGGGAACUGCACGUUGAUACCGAGGUCCCGGCGUGAGUUCGUUUGCGAGUGCCCGCGCGGCUUCGAGGGGAAAGUCUGCGACGUGAACGUGGACGACUGCGUCGACGUGAUAUGCCCUGACGGGAAAGUUUGCGUCGACGGCGUCGCUGGCUACGAGUGCAAGUGCCGCGAAGGUUACAGAGAUCCUAACUGCACUCUUAUCGUCGACCAUUGCGCGACGAAGCCUUGCAACAGCGGCACGUGUAUCGAUCGCGGGGAACACGGUUUCGAGUGCAAGUGCAAAGACGGUUUCAAAGGCAAGUUCUGCGAGGAGGAUGUGAACGAGUGCGAGGUGGAAGGCAGCUCGUUAUGCAACAACGGUAUCUGCGUGAACACGGACGGCAGCUACAAUUGUUUCUGCAGGCCAGGAUUCUCUGGGGAUCACUGCGACAUCGACAUCGACGAGUGCCUGUGCGGCCCGUGUAAAAACAACGCCACGUGUGUCGAUGGCAUUAACACGUUCGAGUGCCAAUGCCCGGCUGGCUACUCCGGCAAAACGUGCGACAUAGAUGUGAACGAAUGCGAGAGUAAUCCAUGUUUGAACGGCGCGACCUGCGUCGACGAGAUCGCCAGUUACAUGUGCAUCUGCUCGCCUGGUUUCCGCGGGCUAAACUGCGAGAUAAAUAUCGACGAUUGCGAGCCAUCGCCGUGCUUGAACUACGGCCAAUGCAUAGACGGUAUAAACAACUAUACCUGCGACUGCACCGACACCGGUUUCGAGGGAGCACACUGUGAGAAGAACAUCGACGAUUGUCGGUCGGGGCCGUGCGUGAACGGCGCCCAUUGCGUGGACGAUAUCAAGAAUUACAAGUGCCAGUGUUACGCCGGCUACACUGGCAAAAAUUGCGAGGUCGACAUAAACGAGUGCGAGAGCUCGCCUUGUCAGUAUAACGGCACUUGCUUGGAGAGAUCGAACAUGGAAUUGUACAAAAGCGACGCGUUAACGUUGCCAUCGAUAUUUAACCAGGAGUUCAGUUACGCGAACGCGAGUGGAUACGAGUGCCUUUGCGUGCAGGGUGUUACGGGGAAAAAUUGCGAGGUAAAUAUCAACGAAUGCGACAGUAACCCCUGCCAAGCUGGAACUUGCGUGGAUCGUAUCGGUGGUUAUACCUGCGAGUGUGACGAGGGAUACGAGGGCGAUCAUUGUCAACACGAUAUCGACGAAUGCAAAAGAUACUCACCCUGCGAGCAUGGUGUGUGCACCGAUGGAAGAGCUGAUUAUACAUGCACGUGCGAGCCGGAAUACGGGGGUAAAAAUUGUUCGGUGGAGUUGAUCGGUUGUCAAGGGAAUGCUUGCCAAAACGGCGGCACUUGUUGGCCGUAUCUCGUCGACGAGACGGUACACAAAUUCAACUGCACCUGCCCGAACGGUUAUCACGGAGAAAUUUGCGACUACGUAACGACAAUGUCUUUGAACGGUAGCUCGUACGUUCUAGUGAACACCACUCGAGACGAAGGAUACGACAUACAAUUUCGCUUUCGAACGACCUUACCCAACGGAUUGCUCGCCAUUGGAAAAGGCUCGACAUUCUACAUCCUCGAGCUCGUUAAUGGCAAGUUGAACUUGCACUCGAGCCUUCUGAACAAGUGGGAGGGCGUGUUCAUCGGCAGCAAAUUAAACGAUUCCACUUGGCAGAAAGUAUUCGUGGCGAUCAAUGCCACGCACCUGGUGCUCUCGGCCAACGAGGAACAAACAAUCUACCCCAUCAGUUUAAACGAAGGUUCCAAUUCAAAUCACACGUCUUUCCCAAUGACGUACGUCGGCGGUACGACCAAUUACCUUCGACGAUUAACCCAUGGCCCAGCUUUCUUCGUCGGCUGCACCGAGGAUGUCGUUAUCAACGGAGAGUGGGUAUACUCUGGUACCUCGUCGAAAACCGUGUACAUGGAGAACGUUGAGCCAGGAUGUCCUCGCGAGGCCCAAUGUUCGCCAAAUCGUUGUAAAAACGGUGGCCACUGCACAGACAGGUGGCGUGACUUUUCUUGCAAAUGCGAGAGACCGUACCUCGGCCACACCUGCCAGUACAACAUGACAGCGGCCACGUUCGGAUACGAAAAUAUAACGAACGGAUACGUGACGGUGAAAGUGUCCGACACGGCCAGGCGAGCAGUCAGAUCGAUCGUCGAUAUUUCCAUGUUCAUUCGCACGAGGCAAGACAGGGGCGAUAUAUUUUAUCUGGGCACAGAACCGAAUCCGCAAACGGAUCUCAAGCCUCAGGAGAAGACUUACAUAGCGGCACAGUUGGAAGGUGGCGAGUUGCUUGUUAGAAUUCAGUUCAACGGCUCGGAAGCUUACACCGUUGGUGGUGUGAAGCUGAACGACGGGAACAAUCAUCUGAUACAGAUAGUCCGAAACAUAACGUUGGUGCAAGUGAAGAUCAACGGUACCGAAUAUUUCCGGAAAACUAUCAGCGCGUCCGGCCAGUUGAACGUAACUGUACUCUACCUGGGUGGUUUGCCACAAGCGUCCAGAUACAUUCGGCAAGUUGACAAUCGUCAGAUAGAAGUUUCGCAAACUCCACAAGUUAACUUCAAAGGAAUUAUUCAAGACGUUCAGAUAUCCAACGGUAUCGAAACCAUGGUAGUUGAAUUCUUUCCCCUAAAG